GUAAGCGCAAAUUAGUUAACAAGAAAUCAUCGAUCCAGCAGAAAUAAUAAUGGAGCUCGCAAGCAGGAGGGCAGCCUCCCUCCUGGCCGUCGCGGCCAUUGCUGCCGUCUUCCUCGCCGGCCCGGCCACGGCCGUGGGGAAGACCGGCCAGGUGACCGUCUUCUGGGGCCGGAACAAGGACGAGGGCACCCUCCGCGAGGCCUGCGACUCCGGGCUCUACACCAUGGUCAUCAUGUCCUUCCUCAACGUGUACGGACACGGCAAGUACAACCUCGACCUCUCGGGACACCCCAUAGCCGGCAUCGGCGACGACAUCAAGCACUGCCAGUUCAUCGGCGUCCCGGUGUCGCUCUCCAUCGGCGGCUUCGGCAACGGCUACUCGCUGCCGUCCAACCGAUCGGCGCUCGAGCUCUUCGACUACCUCUGGAACGCCUACUUCGGUGGGUCCAAGGCGGGCGUGUACCGCCCCUUCGGCGACGCGUGGCUCGACGGCGUCGACCUGUUCCUGGAGCACGGCACGCCCGCGGACAGGUACGACGUGCUGGCGCUGGAGCUCGCCAAGCACAACAUCCGCGGCGCGCCCGGGAAGCCGCUGCACCUGACAGCGACGCCGCGGUGCACGUUCCCGCCCAGCAGCUACCUCGGCCGCGCUGUGGCGACGGGGAUCUUCGAGCGCAUCCACAUCCGGAUCUACGACGACGACAACUGCGAGGCCUACUGGCACCUGGCGUGGGACAAGUGGACGGCGGCGUACCCGGCGACACGGUUCUACGUGGGGAUGACGGCAUCGGAGAUGACGCACGGGUGGGUGCACCCCAAGAACGUCUACUACGACGUCGCCCCGUCCACGCAGAAGGCGGACAACUACGGCGGCUUCAUGAUCUGGGACCGAUACUACGACAAGCUGAGCAACUACACCAGCAUGGUCAAGGCCUAUGCUUGAGCCUCAUCUGAUCGUGAUCGACUUCUCCCAUCCGUGCCAGUAGGCCAAGCAGCAUCACUGGCUACUACAAACUCUGUCUGUCGAAUACUCUGUCUGUCAAUCGCCUAUCCUCCACCUCGUCUAUGUCCGUGUAUGCAUUUGUGCUUGCAAGAAAGAAUAAAGUGAAGAAUAAACAGUUAUUAGGGCUACAUAAUAAAAGUGGAGAAUAAACAUUAUAUGUAUGACCCAGUUGACAAUAAAGUACUCAAUCUCGAGCAUUUUCCUGGCUA